GUUCCUCGGAAAUCUAACACUGCAACGCCUGCUCUUUCAGAAGCUGAUCAACCUCCCUUAGUCGACCGUCUAUCCUACGCCGAUAUCCCUAAACCAUUCAAAAACCCUCAUUUUCAUUCCCAUCUCCCUUACCGUACAGCCUCCACCACCCUCUCAGUGAAAAAGAACGUCAAACAAAUCCUGACGUUGGAACGUGAACGUUAUUCUGGUGGAGAUGGGUUUUUAUCCGCCGCUCAGACAUUAGCUAGAAGUAGAGGUGAAACAUUGGAAGUCGCAAAGAAGAAGAAAAAAGAGAGUACUGGGAAAAGAGGAAAUAUAGCUAAUUUGAGAAGGGGGAAUAAACCUGGUCCUGGGGUGAAAGAAGUGGAAGAGAGUGCGAGGACCAGUCCGAUUGAAGAGGAAGAAGAAGAGGAUGACGCGAUGGAGGGUAUUGAGGGAGGUGAUGGGAAGGAGGAAUCGGAAAGGAAUGGGAUCAAGGGGGAUGAGAUUAAAAGUGAGGUGAAAGAGGUUUUUACUUAUCAUACUCCUACCGCUCCACCAUCCCUUUUCCCACCAAAGAAAUACUGCGAUAUCACAGGUCUUCAUGCCGGUUAUACAGAUCCACGUACCAAAUUACGAUAUAAAGGAUUAGAGAUUUGGCAUGUUGUUCGUGGUUUGGGACCGGGAGGUGAUCAAGCAUAUCUCAGUCUCCGAGGAGCACAAACGUCUCUCAAAUAA